AUGACAUUAUUCAUGGAGGAUCUCGUCAUCGACGUGGUCGGAGAAGGAGGGAAGGACGCGGCGCAGGAGCAGCUCGUGCCUCCGGAUGAGUCGGAGCUCGGCGUGGAGACGUCCCGCAGCCGGAGCGCGCACCGGGACGCACGCAGCCCCGCGCCGGAGUGUCCUAAACCCAGGGGUCCGUGCUCGGUGAAGCCUCCGUACUCCUACAUCGCGCUGAUCACCAUGGCCAUCCUGCAGAGCCCCAAGAAGCGGCUCACCCUCAGCGAGAUCUGCGACUUCAUCAGCCGCCGCUUCGCCUACUACCGGGAGAAGUUCCCGGCCUGGCAGAACUCCAUCAGACACAACCUGUCGCUCAAUGACUGCUUCGUCAAGAUGCCCCGGGAGCCCGGGAACCCCGGCAAGGGCAACUACUGGACCCUAGACCCCAACUCCUCCGACAUGUUCGAGAACGGGAGCUUCCUGCGGCGGAGGAAGCGCUUCAAGCGGCAGCACUUUCGCCUGGAGCGGCUGAAGGAGCAGCGGCUGGAGGCCGGCGGGCCGCACGGCUUCCCGCACGGCGCGUGCGGGCUGGGGGCUCUGCAGCUGCCCGGCCUGGAGAUUUACCCCUACCUGCACCAGCACGCGCCGACCCCGUGCGGCCCUGCCAUCAUCCCACCUGUCAGCAGCAUCCUCCCGGCUCUCAGCAGCUUCUUCUCCCGCAGCGCGCUCACCGCCAAGGCCUUCCUCCAGCCGCCGCCCGGCAUCGAAGCCUUCUCCCCGGCCCCGUGCGCUGCGCGCUUCGCCCCUCCGCUGAGCCCCGGAGCCGCGUUCCCCGCCUCCCCCGCACUCUUCCACCCGGCGCCGCACUUCAGCGUGAACCCGGACUUCCGCAAGGCUGAGAGGAACAAACACAUGAGCGCCGGGAACGACUAG